CGUAUCAGCCUGUGUCAGGGCUUUUCCACUAUAGUGCUGCAUUUUGAUGUCGCCCAGGCGGAUAACAUAAGCUGCUGCUAGCACUGACCUCGCUCUCAUUUAUUUAUUUUUUUACUGUUUAUUAAUGUUGAAGAAGCAGAAUGACAUCUACUCAACAGUGGCUACUCGCCGGUUUUGCGCUUCUUUAUAUUUCUGGAGCAGUUGAAUCCAAAAGGAAUUUUAAAUGCCCUUCAGGAUGCUCCUGCUCCAAGGAGACGAUCAUCUGCGUCGGUGCUUCACAAGUCCCACGGACCAUACCGAAUGAGAUCAACUCACUGAGCAUGGUAAAUGGAUCUAUUGCUGAAAUUACUGAGGGGAUGUUUUCACUAAUGCCUUCUCUGCAGCUGUUACUUCUAAAUGCAAAUUCUUUGACCACAAUCAAAGAUGAUGCUUUCUCUGGUCUUCCACAUCUAGAAUAUUUGUUCAUUGAAGGAAACAAGAUUGACACUCUCACCAAAAAUGCCUUUCGUGGUCUACGAGAUUUGACUCACCUCUCCCUGGCCAAUAACCAGAUGAGGUUUCUGCCAAGAGAUCUCUUUUUUGACUUGGAUUCGUUGCUAGAACUGGACCUACGAGGCAACUCUUUCCAGUGCAGUUGUGAAAACAAGUGGCUGAUGACAUGGCUGAAAAACACGAACGCUACGGUAUCAGAUGUCUUCUGCGCAGGGCCCAGUGACAUGAAGGGCAAGCGGCUCAGUGACCUUCCUAUUCCACCGGGCGAGUGCAUCUCCACGGACUUUGUGCGUCAUCAGUCCAUUCCUAUUCAGUCCAUGUCAUCAGACAUAUUCUCCUUUAAAGAGGACAUCUACGUGGCGAUGGCUGCCCCGAACUCCAACAGCUGUGUGGUCAUGGAGUGGGAUCACAUUGAAAUGAACUUCAGAAAAUUUGAUAAUAUCACAGGGAAGUCUGUUGUUGGAUGCAAGUCGGUCCUGAUUGACAACCAUGUCUUGAUAAUUGUCACCCAGCUCUUUGGUGGCUCCCACAUUUACAAGUUUGAUGAUCAACAGAACAAGUUCACCAAGUUUCAAACUAUUGAGGUCUUCAACAUCUCAAAGCCAAAUGACAUUGAGGUCUUCCAAAUAGAUGGCGAUUGGUAUUUUGUGAUUGUGGACAGCUCCAAGGCAGGACUGUCAACGCUGUACAAGUGGACCAACCAACCUGACCGCAACGAAACAGGUUUUUACUCCUACCAGUUUCUCCAUGAGUGGUUUCGUGACACAGAUGCUGAGUUUGUCGAAGUGGAUGGGAAGUGCUACCUCAUCUUAGCCAGUCGGUCUCAGUCACCUGUCAUCUUCCUGUGGAACAAAAGCACCCUGAAGUUCAUACUUCACAGUGAAAUCCCAAAUGUCGAUGACGUGGUGGCAGUCAAAGCUUUUCGGGAGGAAGAUGAGUUGUAUCUGGCCAUGACAUGCUACAUCGGUGACUCCAAAGUCCUCAAAUGGACCAAUAAGCAGUUCACUGAGGUGCAGGCUCUGCCCUCUCGAGGAGCGAUGAUCCUCCAACCUUUCACAUUCACAGACAGACACUAUCUUGCUCUUGGCAGCGAUUACUCUUUCACACAGAUCUACCUCUGGGAUGUGGAGACUAAAACCUUCCACAAGUUCAAGGACAUUUAUGUGCAGUCACCUCGGUCAUUCACAGUCGUGACCACUGACCGGAGGAAUUUCAUCUUCUCUUCCAGCUUAAAGGGCAAAUCAAUGGUUUUUGAGCAUAUUAUUGUAGAUUUAAGCUUAUAGUGCCUAUAGCAGAAUCAUUACUAAUCACAGUAUGAGUUGGUCACUCAGAUCAACAUUGCGCGUAUGCUACAAAGGAGUCUCAAACGCUGUAUAUCUUCCUUAUGCAACUAGAUAAAACUUUCUUGGUUUGAGACAAACAUUUUUUGGAAAGUUUCUGCAACUCAUAUGCAUUUCGAGCAAUUAUGGUGGUACAAUUAAUAACAGACCUCAAGUAAUUAACUUAAAACUGAAGGCUGACAGAAAUAUAAAACAAUGGCAACAUUUGAUAUGUUAACAGCAUGAAGAUGAUUUUUAUUGCAUACUAUAUCUUAAGAGGUGCUGGCUUUUAUUUAUUUCAGUUCUGCUGAGCUAAUGGGUGUCCACUCCAACUAUGACGACCUGGGAGUAUAACCUGGUCACCCCACACAGGGAGUAAAGAAGUGGCCAUUCAUGUGAAAGUUGUUUACCACUGCAAGCUAAACGGUUACCCUAAAAUGCUCUAAACUCUGUAAAUGAAGUGAUUUGUUUGAAAUAACUGAGCAGCCAGUGGAGAUUUUGAAGCCAUCUAAUCCCAGUAACUCUUAUGACUGAUGAUUUAAAUGUGCAUGAUGCAGAGGUUUUCUUAUUUACCAAAAUUACAGCAGAAUGUAAAUAAAAUGAGCUUUAAGUGCACAACAUUUAUAACAAGCUACUGUAUGAACAGAGUGCCUGAUUAGUGGCAAAACUAAAUAUAAUUUACUCCUGAUUCCUAUGCAAAAUGUGUGAUACUAAGUGUUGCUGCAAUCACAAGGAUAGUUGUGAGCUGUUAUAUAACUUGAAAUGACAUUUACAUGGUCGUAAGCCAUAAAAGUGUGCUCUUUUCUUUACUGAUCUUUUGAUAUUUUUCAUGCACUGUACAGAUUUAAUUACAGUCUGUUGGGCUUUGAACAUUUCACAUAACAAAGGCAUGAUGUGCAACUUGAGCCAUGGUCUUUCACAACUGUCAAACUGCUGAAUUCAUCAAAUGCUAACAAGAUUUGAAGAAGAAAUCUGUUUUUGUCGGGAUUUCAGAUUUCUUGAAAAAGACAGUAAUGCCUUUAUCCCCUAUGUCCUACCUAAUAAUGAUGUGUUUAUUUUCCACUCUGCUACCCUUUGGCAAUGAGGAAGAACAGAUCUUUUACACAGCGCUACAGCUACAGCCUUCUGUCCUAUGUAAG